AUGUUAGUUAAUAUUAAUGAUCCUGAUCUGAAAAUGCAACCACAAUGUGUAGAAGUAGUAGCUAAUUGUGAUGAAUUACAAGAACAAUGUGCACAUGUAGCAAAUGAUUGUGAUAGAUCAGACCAACAACGUGAAUGUUUUAUUAAAUCUGUUUCUGUUCAAACUGAUGUUGAAGAUGCUUUUGCUAGAAGUGUGGAUAGUUUAACAGCUGAUGAGACAUUAAUUGAUACUGUUGUCCCUCAAGAUGUUCUAUCUUUAUGGUCGGAUAAAUAUCGACCACGUAAACCUCGAGUAUUUAAUAAAGUUUAUACUGGUUAUGAUUGGAAUCAAAAUAAUAAAAAGCAUUAUGAUAUACAUUCCCCAAUACCAUACGAAGAUGUUGCAUUUAAGAGAGCUCCCAUGAGAAAACCAACCUUCCCGCCAUUAUGCCGGCACAGGAUCGAAUACAAUAAAAUAUCAAGUCGUGAAUCAUCAACGACAAUAACAACAGCCGUAAAAGAUGAUAUCGGGGUGACGGCGUAG